AAGCCCCCAGCAUCAUCAUCUUCGUCAAGUUCAUAAAGUCUGAAUGAUUGAUAAAUUUGCAAUUCACUAUUUAAAUAUUAUUCUGUGCAAAAUGAAUUAUUGAGUGUUUGCGGAGGGGCUUUCAAUGCAAUUUUGUCUGUUUAUUCCAAAAAAUAAUAAUGUGCGAUACAUCGUUGCAAGGCAAAUAUAUAUUUUUGCAGCCUGUGAUUGAUUGAUUAAUUAAAUUCCCAUGGCACUACACAUUCUCGGAUGUGCAGUGUGUUAAAGAACUGAUGACACUAAUUCAGGUAUUAUAUGAAAUUUAUAUGUGAGCCUCUUCUUAUGCGCGGGGAUCAUUAAAUUUAUAUAUAUACAAGAAGACACACCACAGUAAGAUGGCAAAGAUGGUUAAGAAAGACAAAAAAAAGUGGCCUCAGCAGCCCCAAGAGCGAUUCAGAAAGUGAAAAUCGCAAUUCAGCGAAAAAAAGCAAUGCGGAGGAAUAAUACAAAUUUUCACUAAAUUAUACGCACAACUGAUUGGUGAUGACCCAAAAAUUAUCCCCAAUACCCCCAUCGCUUUGGUCCCCACACACGAGAUCAUCUCGGGCAUCACGGACGUUCCAAGUUGCAAAAUUUACUGCCCAUUCCCUGCCAAAAUAUCUCAUACAUACCGCAUUCUUUUUUUCUUUACAUACAUAUGCUUUGAUUUAUGUGCAAUUCAUGGUUACUUCUUUCGCACCCAGGAAACGCGACGACAUUCAUUUAAAACGGAGCGACCAAAAAAGUGCGAAAGAAAGAAUUUAUUUACCACUAAAAAGACAAAAAAAUGAGGUGUUUGUAAAUAAAUAAGUCAUCAUUUACAUUUUUAUCGACAACUAUUUCCAAAAACUCCACAAUUUCUGGCACUAUUGCGUUAGUCUUAAUUCAGUGCUCAUUUGGGAAGCAUUGUACAAGAAUAAAUUGUGCGGAUAGAGUGAACUAUAAAAAGAAAACCUGGAACCUUAAGUUAACUGAGAGAUUGAGAAAAAAAGCCAAAAAAAUCAAAACCGAACCAUCUGAAAAAUUCUCAAAUUCAAAAGAAAAAAAAAUGGCUGUUGUAAUCGGAAGAAUAGCUGAAGUGUAUCAUUAUUUAAAUGACGAAAUAAGUGAUCCUCGUGCAUUGGAUUACCCAUUAAUGAAGAAUCCAUUGAAAGUGUUGCUGCUGCUCAUCUUUUACCUCUACUUUGUACUGAAGUGGGGCCCAAAAUACAUGGAGAAGCGAAAGCCCUUCAAUCUGGAGCGAAUACUCAUUGUAUUUAAUGUGGCACAAAUUGCUGUAUGCUCUUACAUGUUCAUAUCAGCUAUGUCUGUAUUGAUACCAAUGAAGCAUAAUUGGCUGUGUCAGCCAAUGGAUUACUCCAGAACACCAUAUCCGAUGCACCUUGUAAAGAUGAGCUACAUUUACUUCCUUACGAAGAUUCUCGAUCUCCUCGAUACGGUAUUCUUUAUUUUGCGCAAAAAGGAUAAUCAGGUGACCUUCCUACAUGUCUACCACCACGGUGGGAUGCUCCUUCUCACAUGGAUUGGGGUUAAAUACCUUCCGGGGGGACAUGGUGUCACGGUCGGAAUACUCAAUUCAUUUGUCCAUGUUGCCAUGUACACGUACUACCUGCUCUCAUCUUUCGACUCCAAGUAUAAGAACAAUAUCUGGUGGAAGAAGCACAUCACGCAGCUUCAAUUGAUCCAGUUCUUCAUACUCACACUACACUUCUUGGUUCUCUUCUUCAUCGAUUGCGGCUUCCCACAGUUCACGGCGUAUUUUAUGUUACCCCAAAAUAUCUUUAUGCUCGCCAUGUUUGGGGACUUCUACAUAAAGGCAUACAUCAAGCCAUCCACUCCUGCUGAUCAACCACAUACCGGAAGUAAAUCUCAUAAGCUACUAAAUGGAAGCAUUGACUCCUACCUGGAUGCAAUGAAUGUAAGCCAUGGGAAUGCAGAGAGCAAUGGGAUUGCAAAAGAUUACGGAAAAAGUGAAUGAAAUUUCAUUGCGAAAGUUCACGCGAGAAAUGCUUUUUUUAGCCUCCCAAUUCAGCACUUAUAUUCCAUUAAUACACAUUAUAUUGCGAUCUAUUUACCAAUUCUAAUUAACCCCUUGUGUACAACUCUUUAACAAUGCGAGUCAGUAUGGAAUAAAUAAGUGGUGAACACUCU